CUACCCCUUCCGCCUCUGUUUACUAAAAAGUUUAACAGAAGGGAUUAAGAAGAGGGAGUUGUUGCAAGCGUUUGUUGUGCGCAUGCGCAGCUUCUGCUCUCGGUCUCCUUUUGACGCCGAGGGGCAGUGAGAGUCCAUCAGAAGUUUCCCGCCGGCGCGGAACAUGCGCGCCACUUCCGGCCGGGCUCCUAACAACGGGGGAGGCUGGUAACCAGGGAGGGGGGGAUGGCGGAGCGGGCGCCGGAGCCCGAGGCGGAGGCGGAGGCUGAGGCGGGAGCAGGCGGGGAGGCGGCCGCCGAGGAGGGCGCGGCGGGCCGCAAGGCACGGGGCCGGCCGCGGCUCACGGAAUCGGACCGGGCCCGGCGGCGGCUCGAGUCCCGGAAGAAGUACGACGUGAGGCGCGUGUACCUGGGCGAGGCGCACGGGCCCUGGGUGGACCUGCGGCGCCGCAGCGGCUGGAGCGACGCCAAGCUCGCCGCCUACCUCAUCUCGCUGGAGCGCGGCCAGCGUAGCGGCCGCCACGGGAAGCCUUGGGAGCAAGUCCCCAAAAAGCCAAAGCGGAAGAAAAGGCGGCGACGCAAUGUGAACUGCCUGAAGAACGUGGUGAUCUGGUACGAGGACCACAAGCACCGCUGCCCCUAUGAGCCACACCUGGCUGAGCUGGACCCCACCUUCGGCUUGUAUACCACGGCUGUGUGGCAGUGUGAAGCCGGGCACCGCUACUUCCAAGACCUGCACUCCCCGCUGAAGCCGCUCAGCGACUCGGACCCCGAGAGUGACAAAGUGGGCAAUGGCCUGGUGGCCGGCAGCUCCGACUCGUCCAGUUCUGGCUCUGGCUCUGACUCCGAGGAGCCCCCAGAGGGCCAGCCAACCAAGGCGACAGUGGCCACGGCAGCAGUCACGCCCACCAGCCCGGCAGGCAGCAGUGGGCUCAUCACACAGGAGGGCAUGCACAUCCCCUUCGACGUCCACCACGUGGAGAGCCUGGCCGAGCAGGGCACUCCGCUAUGCCCCAACCCCGCCAGCAGCGGGCCGGAGGCCCUGGAGACAGUGGUGUGCGUGCCCGUGCCCGUACAAGUGGGCCCGGGCCCCGGCACCCUCUUUGAGAACGUGCCCCAGGAGGCACUGGGUGAGGUGGUGGCCAGCUGUCCCAUGCCAGGCAUGGUGCCCGGGUCGCAGGUGAUCAUCAUCGCCGGCCCCGGCUAUGAUGCCCUCACAGCCGAGGGCAUCCACCUCAACGUGGCAGCCGGCAGCACUGCCCCCGGAGGGGGCCUGGGCGAUGAGGUGCCCUGUGCAAUGAUGGAGGGCGUGGCUGCCUACACACAGACAGAGCCGGAGGGUGGCCCACCCAGUACCAUGGACCCUGCUGCCAUGACAGGCAUUGAGACCAAGAAAGAGAAGGAGGACCUGUACGUGCUCAAGAAGGAGGAGAAGGAGGAGCUGGUGGCCCCUGAGAUGGCCGAGCUGGCUGCAACGGUGCCUGAGAGCACCGAGCCUGAGGCCGAGGCUGACGGGGAGGAGCUCGAGGGCAGCGACAUGUCCGCCAUCAUCUACGAGAUCCCCAAGGAGCCCGAGAAGAGGCGGCGGAGCAAGAGGUCACGGGUGAUGGACGCCGAUGGCCUGCUGGAGAUGUUCCACUGCCCCUACGAGGGCUGCAGCCAAGUCUACGUGGCCCUCAGCAGCUUCCAGAACCAUGUCAACCUUGUGCAUCGGAAAGGGAAGACCAAAGUGUGCCCUCAUCCUGGCUGCGGCAAGAAGUUCUAUUUAUCCAACCACCUGCGGCGGCACAUGAUCAUUCACUCAGGUGUCCGUGAAUUCACCUGCGAAACCUGCGGCAAGUCCUUUAAGAGGAAGAACCACCUGGAGGUACACCGGCGCACGCACACUGGCGAGACGCCUCUGCAGUGCGAGAUCUGUGGCUACCAGUGCCGACAGCGCGCAUCGCUCAACUGGCACAUGAAGAAGCACACGGCCGAGGUGCAGUACAACUUCACGUGCGAGCGCUGCGGGAAGCGCUUCGAGAAGCUGGACAGCGUCAAGUUCCACACGCUCAAAAGCCACCCGGACCACAAGCCCGCCUGAUCCGCCCCGACCACUGAACGCCCCUAUUUAUUCGUCCGAUUGGACACCAUGCCCGGGCCUGUCAGGGCCGGGACAUCCGCGGGGGGCCGCCCGGACCGCGGGCCGGAAGGAGGCGCCCCUGCUCUGCUCUAGGGCUGGGCCCCCGGGGCAGGUCCCCCACCCCCGCCCGAUUUCUGGAGCUGGCCCCUAGGGUUGCACUGCUGGAACUGUGUCAAGAGAGAAGGGCGAGAUUAAAGAGCAAGAAAGGAGA